AUGAACAUACAACAAACAUCUACUAUUUCCAAGUCUGAUGAUGUGUUCGAAAUAGAUUUAGAAGAUGUGCUUGUCGAUGCUACCAGCGAUGAUAAUGCAAAAGUAAUACCAACAAAUGGAGGGGAAAAACAAAAGCUUGUGAGUAUCUUAUACAAUAUUCAUAGCUCAAGAUUAAAGAUUUCUAAUUUUGUUCUGUCCAUUAAAGUCACCAUUGGAAGAUCCCGAAAAAUUAAAAAAUCCCUAAAAAACGACCAGCUGAAGAAGGUUUUCCCUGUUAAUACACUUCCUCCCAACCUUCGUGAUCGCUCUCCUCCUCCAUCAUAUAAAAGCGGGGAUAAUUCUUUGGACGAUCAUAAUGAGGCCUCUCCAAAUGGAGAGGGAUCAAGAAACAAUAAGGUUAUUAUUAAUCAGUAUUGUCAAUCAUUAAUACAAUUCUAUUAUGAACAUGCCAUCAACAGUAUUGAUAUAAAUGAUGCUUCUACAAAUGACUGUGUGGCAGGCAGAUGGUCACAAUAUCUCUCUUGA